AUGAAACAGCCCCUGAGCGAGCUGAUGAGGAUGAGCAGGAUAUGCCGGAUGGUAUUCGCCACUUGUUUGGGAUCCUUUAUUCUGGUCAUCUUUUAUUUCCAAAGUAUGUUCCAACCAGUCAUGCGGAGGAAUCCCUUCGUGGUGGACGGCUGCUGUAGGAAAGGGUCCCGCAACGCCCUGCAGGAGCUCUACAACCCCACACAGCCGGAGUUGUCCGGAGCAGCCGUGCUCCACCAGACCAGGAGGGAUCAGGUGGUGGAUUCCUGUCGAGUCUAUAGUGCGUCCAGCCGUAAGCGCAGAGUCCUGACACCCGGAGACCUCAAACACCUCGUGGUGGAUGAGGACCAUGAGCUCAUCUACUGCUACGUCCCCAAGGUGGCCUGUACCAACUGGAAACGAGUCAUGAUGGUGCUUACAGGACGGGGCAAAUACAGUGACCCAAUGGAAAUCCCUUCCAAUGAAGCCCACAUCCCUUCCAACCUGAAGACGCUAAACCAGUACAGUAUUGCCGAGAUCAACCACCGCCUCAAGAACUACCUCAAGUUCCUCUUUGUUCGCGAGCCCUUCGAGAGGCUGGUCUCCGCAUACCGCAACAAAUUCACCCUCAAGUACAACUCGUCCUUCCACAAGCGCUUCGGCACACGCAUCAUCCGCCGCUACCGCAAGAACGCGACACAGGACGCCCUGCUCAACGGCGCUGAUGUCAAAUUCAAGGAAUUCGCUGAAUACCUAGUGGACCCGGCCACGCAGCGCGACGGCCCACUCAAUGAGCACUGGCAGACCGUCUACCAGCUCUGUCACCCAUGUCACAUCCACUACGACCUGGUGGGCAAGUACGAGACGCUAGAAGAGGAUGCUAACUACGUGCUGCGGCUGGCGGGCAUCGGUGACUCCUUGCGCUUCCCAAGCUAUGCGAAGUCCACCCGCACCACAGAUGCCAUGACAGCCCAGUUCUUCAGCAAUAUCAGCACCCAGCAGCAGAUCCAGCUCUACCAGCUUUACAAGUUGGACUUCCAUAUGUUCAACUACACCACACCCAGCUACCUCCGGCUGGACUGA